AACCCUUAGGUAUCAUCAUUCGUUUCCUUCGCAGGUGCCAGCAUCAGAGCUGUAUGACAAUGACUGGUUGCAACUUCUCAUGGAAAUCGCCUUCUUCUCCAAAGCAAGUCGUUGUUUGAAGGCUUACCUACCCUUGGAGCUCAACAGUGUUGUUGUGGAAACUCUUGAAGAUUACACAACAGAGCCUCGUGAGAAGCUUAAGGCUGAUAAUGCCAUCUUCUACAUAAGUUACAAGUGUUGCACCGAUCCUUCUUUAGUGCGUUUGGCUGGUGAUCAACUUGUCGUUGUGAGGAAGACCAUGGAUGGGAAACCAGAACACAUGAGUCUCGAAGUUUCUCUAACCAAAGAACAAGAAGAAGAGUAGACAUGUGGAUCGUGUCUGUUAUAAGUUCAUCUGCAUCCGUUCCUUGUCUUAAAGCAUAGUUAGGAAACAAAGAAAUACUAAUCUAGUCUAUUUGGAUGAGGGCAAGUAACUAAAUAUAUUCCCCUUUCUAGAAACGGAGUGCAUAAUUUUAACCAAUAUCUAUCAGUUCAAAAUGUCCAAAACACAAGAGCGGAGAGGAGAGUGAAAGGAAAUUGGAGUGCACUUUGAAUAUCACUAACCCUCUAACGGUGGUACUG